AUGGACCUCUUUCAGUAUGACUCGUUGAAGCUCAACAAUUCUUUCCGGGUAUUGAUCUUGAGUCCUGGAGGUCCCGACGAUGUCCUCCAAGGCGAAUUGGAAACAGUCGACAGCGGCGCGGCUGGGGAAUACGAAGCCAUCUCAUACGUAUGGGGCUCUCCUAGCCGAGAUUUCGCCAUGGUUUGCAACGGCGCCCCCAUCCUCCUUACUAGGAGCCUAUUCAUGGCACUGAAAAGAGUCAGGCUGUUGACAGGUCCAAGACGCAUCUGGGCAGAUCAAGUCUGUAUCAACCAGGACGACGUGGAAGAAAGAAGUCAGCAAGUGAAGUUUAUGGAUGGUAUAUACCGGAAUGCAGCUCGAAUCCUAGUGUGGCUUGGUGAAGACAAGGAAUCCAUAGCCCCGAGUUCAUUCACUUCCAUUCAGCACCUUUCACAGAUCAUCAAGGAUCACCAGAUUGACAGUAACGCUUUAAGCGACGACCAGUGGGCCUCCAUUCGAGCUUUGACGACCAGACCUUGGUUCGGUCGGGUCUGGAUUAUUCAGGAGAUAGGCACCCGGACACCAGCAACCCUUUUCUGGGGCGAGGGAACCAUGGAAUGGGAUCUUCUACACUCGGUUUGUAGGGACCUCACAGAGUAUCAUCACCUGAGGAAACAGGUCAACAUACAGACGGCUAAGAUCAAAUACUUGUACUAUCGAUACGUGCAACCCGAUAAGGAAAGUCGUCACGCAAAUCGCUAUAACUUCAUAUACGAGCUGCACCGCGCCCGGCAUCUUGGGGCCACCGAUCCGCGAGAUCGAGUAUUCGCUUUCCUUGGUCAUUUUUCGGCGUAUCAAAACGCGCAAAUCCGUGGAGUAGUGGCUAAUUAUGCUACUUCGGUCGAGGAUGUGUAUUGCGAUGUCUCCAUCAGAUCUCUGAAAGGGGGUGAUGAGGGAAUGAUCACCCUCGCAGCUGUCCAGCAUGUCGAGCUCCCAUCUCAUUCCCCUCUGUCAGAGGUGCCUGGUCCUGAAGAACGGCUCGCCUUACCGACAUGGGUGCCGGAUUGGCGAAUCUAUCAGUCGCAUAUCCUUUAUGAGCCCACGACCUCACACGACGCCAGCCGAGGAAUACGCCCAGAUCUUGUCGUGGACGGAAACUCCAAGACUCUUUAUGCAAAGGGCUUGCAUGUGGAUACCGUCAAGGUCUGCGCUGUGCCUUUCGAACCAAGGCACUUCCACGUUGAUGGCGCAAUCUGGCCACAAUCUAUCGAAAGAGUAUGGCGUGAAAUAUGUGGUCACAGUGACUUCGAUCUGAAGAUUCCAUACGUCAACGGAGACUCUGCAGUCUUUGCAUACACUCAAACUCUAAGCAAUGGCUGCGUUGCUCUUGCCUGGCAAGAUGGACUAGCAGGUUCUGCAGCAAGAGACGAGUGGCUUGCCCAUAGUGCAGCAUAUAUCUCCGUGGCAGCUGGCAGGACUUGCACGGUACAUGAGGGGAUACGUCAACUCGCAAAAGCAGGCGACGAAUAUAAAUGGGCUCGUGCGGCCAACGGAGCGUCGGGCAACAGGGUAUUUGCCAGAACAAAGAGGGGGAGGUACGUCUUGGGGCCCAAGGUCAUGAAGGAGGGAGAUAUUAUAUGCGUUUUAUUUGGGGGUAAAUUGCCCUUCUGUCUUCGACCCUGGGGCGAAAGGUACCUUCUUGUCGGAGAGUGUUAUGUGCAUGGAAUCAUGCAGGGUGAGGCUUUAGAUGGCAACAGGGGGGGUGGCCAGACAUUUAGCAUCAUCUAA